GCCCACAGCGUGAGCCAAAAAGGUGACGUUGCAAGAUAAACAAAAGGGGAAAAAAAAGAAAAACUCUGGGAAACGUCGGGGCUGCUGCAAGAGUCGUCUGUAUUCCGACUUUGUGCAACACCGUGAGUCCAAAAUGCAGUCUUCCAAACGCAGUGAGAGUGACUGGCAGGGGCUGGUCAGUGAGUUCCUGGUGUGUAAGCGCAAACUGGAGAGCAAGAAAGAGGCCCUGCUUAUUUUAUCCAAAGAGCUGGACACCUGCCAACAAGAGAGAGACCAGUACAAGCUGAUGGCCAACCAGCUGAGAGAACGCCACCAAGGGCUCAAAAAGAAGUACAGAGAACUUAUUGAUGGUGAUCCGUCUCUGCCACCUGAAAAACGAAAUCAAGUGAACUUGGCACAGCUUUUGAGAGACUCGAGGGAAAAAGUAAAGCAGCUCGGAGAGGAGGUUAAGGAGCUGACGCAGAGGCUUUCAGAGGCCCAGGGGGACAACAAGCUUCUCAGGAUGACUAUAACUCGUCAAAGACUUGGUGAUGAGGACGUGGGAACGCGCCACUUCCCUGCACAUGAGCGUGAAGAUCUGGUUCAGCGGCUUGAGAGAGCAGGACUGCAGAUGGAGGAGAUGGAAAACAAUGUAAAAGCACUGACAGAUGAGCUGCAGGAUGUAAAGGCAGAACGCAAUGUGUACCGGGACAAGGCCAAGAGACUUAACACAGAACUCAAUCACAUUUUAGGCAACAAUGAAGCGCGCCUUAUUGACGUGGAUGCCCUCUGUAUGGAGAACAGAUAUUUGCAAGACCGUUUUAACCAAGUCCAGGAGGAAGUAAGUUUGCUGAAAUCAAACAUCAUGAAGUACAAGACUGCUCUUGAGAGAAGAAAAAACAACUCAUAUGGGAAAGGCAAUAACGCUCCUCUCACUGGUGUCCUCUCUGCUAAACAAGUACAGGAGAUGCUUCUGGAGGAACAGGGCUGCAGUCUACCAGCCACACCGCAGUCCAUCUCUGACCUGAAGUCCCUGGCCACGGCUCUGCUGGAGACCAUUCACGAGAAGAACCUGGUCAUCCAACACCAAAGACACACCAAUAGGAUACUGGGGAACCGUGUGGCCGAUUUAGAAAAGAAGUUAAAAACACUGGAAGUAUCAGGUCUUUGGAGUCUUCCAGGAGCACAAGACAAUAUGGCAGUGAAGGAGCGUCUGCAACCAGAGCUCCGUCCUACACGUGUCACAUCACAGCCAAACAUGAUGUCACCCAAAGCGGUGCCAGACAGCAGAAGCAUACAUGAAUCAUCAUGGGAGUGCCACACCGCUGGCAGCGACCUUGGCACAGAUGGCGUCAGCAGAGAAGACACACCUGCACUGCUCAGCAGCCUGGGUCCUCUCGUGGGGCUGGAGAUGAAUGGGAUUGACAGGACAGAGGGAGACAUGACCCUGACUGAAGAGGGAGCCCUGGUGGAUCUGGCUGAGGGGCGGAGUCCUGUGGAGGAGGCGGGGCAUGAGGAAGAAGCAGAUGAUGAAGAACUGUGCUCCACUGUCGAGGAGGGGGAGGAGGCGGCUUUGGCUCUGGAUGCCCCACCCUCUGAACCAGACCUUUCAUGGCUCUCAAUUAGGCCGUCGUCAGGUGAUCACUGUACGGUACAUCAUGUGAACGGCUCUAACCAGGAUCAUGAAUCUGAUCAUGGAUCUUACCAGGACCCUGAGUCUAACCAUGAGCCCCAGUCUCCCCCUGAGCCUGUAACUUGUGUGCAGAGCUCAGAAUCAGCCCCAGAGAGGCAGAGUGCAGAUGUGUCAAAUGCUGCCAACUGGGACAUUCAGACUGGAUCAGCACAGACUGACACCUGUCACGCUGAAAACCUGGCCUAAUCUGACAUCGAUCAAAGACUUUGGAAGGUUAUUUAAAUCCUUGUGGGUGACAUCCUUAUUGAUGACUGCAUUCAUCACUUGUAGUCACAUUCCUAAAACGUAGCAGAACUCGCUCACUUCCAGCCAGCAGCUCUCUCUAGUCAAUAAAACAGAGAAAACACUUUUACAGCCACCACUGACAGAGCCUGAGGUGCACUUUAUCCACACAGGCUUGUUGCUCUGUGAGAACAGGCAAUCUAGAAAUCAAUGGAGUUGCAAACUUGAUGCCCUACAGAAAGAAUUUAGCUACAAAAAUAACAAAUACUGAAACCUGAACUCUUGCGCCCCAAACUCCCUGCUCUCCCUCCUGCUCUCCCUCCCCUGUGAACAGAAAGUCCCUGUUGUUUGCUUUGCUCUUCCAAAGGGGCUUAUGUGCAAUGAGGACCUUGUUCUUUCAAUAGUAAUAAUUGCAGUGCAUAUUAUGUAUGUUCUGAAAGCGGCAUGUACAAACAUGUAAAUGAGUCAUUUAAAAUAUGUAUUUGACUGAAAAAGAUUUACCCAGAAGAAAGAUAAUGCCAAGAGACUGACAACAUGUGCCUUAUCAAGAAAGCAUCUUGUACUAAUUUAUAAACUCUAACUUAAACUAA